AAACAGCAGCUGUUUGCUUUCAAACGCCUGCAUGGAGAGUGUGUGAGGCUCUGAGAGACAGCUGCCACCUGUGUCUGCGUGGGUAUGUGGAAAGAGAUAAUAUUCCAGGCCCCAGCUCUGGCUCUGCCUAAUUCUGGACAAGAGUUCAACCCGCUAAACCUCUCAGCCCUCAGAAAACCACACACAUGCUCACCGAAUUAGGGCAAGAGCGUUGAACCAGAGAGAGGCUACUACAAGUGGGAGGAUUUACUUUGGCAAGCUAGAGGGGUACCUCAGGGCCUCAGACAAAUCAGCUGAAGAACUCCAAGGGUCUUGGGAGGCAGGAUCCCACCACUAGGAAUGGUCUUUGACCGUUUCAUCUCCAGAGCCCACCACUCUUCCUCCACCACUCAGACAGAGACCACCACACUCAGCAAAUGUCCAUUCAGGAUCUGAUGAAUGCAAACGAACGUUUGCGAAAUGAAAUAUGGGACCUCAGAGAUACAGUUGCCAAUCUUGAUGCAGAAAACCAGGAGCUAAUAAAAGGAAACAAAGAUACUAAAGACCUGAACAGGGGCUUGCAAACCAAGACAGACUAUCUUAAACUCAUGGUGGAAGAGCUACAGAAAGAGGUGGAGAACGUCAGGGAGAUGUUGGAACUAAGAGACGGGAAGAUCAAACAAUUAGAAUUAGAAAACAAGAACUUGCACAGAACCAACAAGCAACUAACCUUGGAAACCUAUGAAAGUUCUUGCCAGCUAUCUGCCGAUGAAGAAUAUAAAUUUGCUCCAGAAAUAGACUUAUUAGGAACAAAAAACAUAACACAAGAAAUCAAAAUCUACGUGAAGCAUCUAGAAGGCAAACUGGAAGACGCAGAGCAGCAACGUGACGAGGAAAGGAGCUGUUCCUCCCAGUUAAGGGGCACAUUGGCAGAGCUUCUUCAGAUCAGGGAGCUUCAGAGGAAGGACAUAAUACAGCUGAAAGGACAACUGGAAAUGGCAAUGCAGCAGGCAGCACUUCUGAGAAUGGAAACUGAGGACAGGGCCCAGGCUGGCUUAUUACUGCAGCAACGAGUUGAAACCAAACUGGUGGAGAAAUCCCUGAACCAGUCUAAGAUGAGCAAUCUCCUCCAUUGGCUCUUGAAUCUUGGAAGGCUUUUAUUGAUAUUAGUGUCCUGCUUGGGAAUUGGCACAGCUGUGGCUCUGUUAUACACCUAUUUUGUCAACAACUAUUUCAUAUCUGACUCUCUUCUACUAUUGUUUAGUGAGCAUGACAUCAAUAUGAUUGUAGAGAUCCUAUCUCGACAUGUUACCUGGAAAAACAAUGGCCCCUUCCCAUUUUAAAACCAGCUGCACAGCUUCUGCUUGGCUUUCCAGGUCAUCUUAAUUAACACUUCUUCGGAACUGAUGAGUUCAGCUCAACAUGACAAAGUAUACCUCUUUAAAAUAAAAAAUUCUAGAUUGGC